AUGAAUCCCAAGGUACAGUGCCCACUGUAGGGCUGUGUGAGCCGGGCUCUUUGUGUUGACUCUGUGGGACUAGCUGUGGGGUUUGGGACUCGUGGCAGGUUAAUGAAAAACUAACGAUAUCCCGCUGCACUGACAGUGGUGGGAUUAGCAUUUUCACUGAGCUCAGUGGGAUGGAUUCCCGGGGCUAAAGUAAAUAGAUGUUUUACUGCUGUGACAUGGAUCGUUUCCCUGGUUUUCCUGGUUUACAGAGUACCAGGUUGUAUAUUUAAAGGGAAAAACAUGGGUUUUCCGGGUCUUGGGUGUUUUAGUGGUAUUGCGGUGGUGUUCGUGUAUGUUUAACAUGUUGCUGUAAUGGGGGUGGGUUUAAUGGCUGCGUUGAAAAAGGGGGUUAUUAGUACCUGUGUAGGAUAGGGAACAAUAAUGUCAGUUUUACUCUUUGAAGCUCACACCUUUCAAAUCAUUUGUUUUAGCUUUGUCUUUAAAUGCCAUAAGCUCACUUAUGAAAUGGUUUAUUUACCGGUGCCUGUGUAUUUCUGAUAAGUAGUGCUUUGACAGCCUUAGUCUGCAUUCUCUACUUGCCAACCUUGAAAACCUGAAACCUGUGAUUCAAACAAUGUAUUUUGAUUAUGUUCCUCAUCCUUUGGGGCCUUUAGAUAUUUCCUGAGUAUGACCUUUGACCGUCACAUAGGGGAACUAUGGUGUUUGUUGAUUGACUGUCUUUCAUUAAAAAGACACAAAAAGGCCAGGACAACACUGUAUAAAACAAUGUUUUAAUCCAAGAUGGAUCUCGUCAGGUCAAAAGCAGUCAAGACGUUUUUGUUUUUUUGUAGGUUUUUCGUCUACCAACUAUUAUAGUAACUUACCAAGAAAAUCUCAUUUUUAAAGCAUAUUUCUGUUCACUCAUAUCCAAAUAAUGUUGUUGACUUGUCCUUUACUUAUUUAUAAUAUUUAUAAUCACCGGUAUUUGCCCACCAUAGUGCUGUUUGUGAAUAGGGAAAGCAGGGUCACACAGAAAAGCUGCUUAUUAACAAAGGGCCUACAUCAUUUUUAUUUUUUGGAAGAAAUCUAAAUUUUACUCAUAUUGUAAUAAUAGUAGGUCAUAUUCGUAGAAGUCUUUGACAGCUACUUUAAGUGUAAUGGGAUCAUGUGUUAAUGACAACUUUACUUCCUGAUUCCACUCUCAUUUAGCUCAGAGUGGUCCCUAUAUUGACAUUAGUUAUUUUAAUUGUUUGAUGAUCAUUACAAUAAUGAUAAUGCAAAUACAUUUUUUUUUUUUUUUUUUGGGGGGGGGGGGGGGAAUGGAUCAGCUUAAUAUUGCAGAUAUUGUAUCUUCUACAUGUAAUUGUCUGCAUCACUUCCAAUCCCCCAUGUUUUUUUAUUUUUUUUAUAUUUUUUUAUAUAUAUACUCCCCUUUUAUUUUUCAACCCCCCCCAUUUUCCCUACUUGGAGUAAAUUAGUGAACAACAAUGUCCAGGCCUCUACUUCCGGUCUAUACUUACUAUCUACACCUUAUGGACAGAGUUAAUUUUACAAUAAUUCUAUUAUAUAUAUUAUAUAUAAAAUUUUUUUAAUUAAAUUUUUUUUGCUCCUGAACUUCUUCUACUUCAACCUCGCCGAUCAUUUUCAUGAUGUCCAUCCAGUUGCUUCUAUAUGCCAUAUCUUUUCUAACUGUGCUCUUGUCCCAAAAGCUCCCAACAUACAACCUAUAUACUUAUUAUGGACACAGUAUGCUUACAUUAUUAGCUAUCUUUGUUAUUAUAUGUUGUUAUUUGUUAUUAGUCCCAUCCUUCAACUCUAUUCAAUACCUCCCAUCUAUCUCUUAACACACCAUCCAUAUAGGAUUUCUGCCAUAUAUAUUUCAACCGUACUGUGAUUGUUUUACAAAAGUUCUGAACCUUUCUAUUCUCAUUGCUUCUACAGAUUGUGAAUUAAAAAAUAAACAUUUUUGCUAAAAGUAUUAUUAUAUUAUUGAUUGAUUGACUAUGACUUUUCAGAUCACCCAGUAAUGCUAUCUGUAAGGUUAGUUUCCAGGGUAAAUAUUGCAAUCCUUUAGCCAUUCCUGGACCUGUGUCCAAAAACAAGCUACAAAUGGACAGAACCAAAACAAAUGAUCCAAUGAUUCUGUCUCUUCAAACAGCAAAAUCUGCAGAGCUGGGAAGAUUGUAUCCCCCAUAUAAAUAACAUUCUAUUGGUAGCAAGAAUUUUAUAUAAUAAUUUAAAUUGAAAGAUUCUAAUUUUUGAAUCCGGUGUCGUUUUGCGUGUCAGUUCAUAAACACUAUGCCAUGGGAUCGGUACGUCAAAGAUCUCUUCCCAACUAUUUUGCAAUCUAUAUGGGACGGCUGUCAAUCCUUUGGUCCUUAAGUGAAACUGAUAUACUUUUUUAUUUAUCACAGUUUUCCUUAACCCAAUUAUGUUCUUUAAUGCAAGGCCGACAGACAAGUUCCUUACUUUCUCCCCCUUCCACUUUCCUCUUCCAUUUUUUGCGGUAAGGCUGCAAUUAUUUUGGUUGUAAUUUUGGGUAGAGCAGACAUUUCCAUAUGUUUUUGUUAGCUGCAUGUGCGUCAUAACUCCACCAGUCCUACCGAUGAUAUCAUUUACGAAGAUUAUAUACCUUUUUUAAACAUUCUGGUCAAAAAUAAAGGUUUUUUGUCAAUUAGUAUAUUUGAAUUUAACCACAAUAUUUGUUGCAUUAUUUGUUCUGGGUCGUUUCUGGAGGAUUAAAUUGACAUUUGCAAACCAACUUUCUAUGGCUUGUUUUAGAAAUAGUGACAUUUGGGAGAUUAUUUCCUUUUCAAAUAACUGAAAGUGAGAGGUUGUAAUCUGAAAUAAAGGGAAAAAGGCCUUUCUUGAACAUUGGGUGAGACAAUCUUACUAAUUUGCUUGAGAUCCAGUUAGGAUUUAAGUAUAACUUUUGUAUGACUGAAGCUUUUAGUGAUAGGUCUAAUGCUUUAAUAUUUAAUAAUUUCUGUCCUCCGAAUUCAUAUUCAUUAUAUAAAUAUGCUCUUUUAAUUUUGUCUGGCUUGCCGUUCCAAAUAAAAUUGAAUAUUUUUUUCUCAUAUAAUUUAAAAAACUGUUCGCUAGGCGUAGGCAAGACCAUAAGCAAAUAGGUAAACUGGGAUAAUACUAAAGAGUUAAUCAGGGUUGAUUUUUCCACAAAUUGACAGGUAUUUUCCUUUCCAUGGUAGUAAGAUCUUAUCUAUUUUUGCUAACUUUCUAUUAAAAUGUAUUGAAGUGAGAUCAUUUAUUUCCUUUGGGAUAUGUAUUCCGAGUAUAUCCACAUCACCAUCAGACCAUUUUAUUGGUAAACUACAUGGUAAUGUAAAAAAUUGUAUUUUUUAGUGAUCCAAUACGUAAUAUAGUACAUUUGUCAUAAUUUGGUUGUAAUCCAGAGAGGUUAGAAAAUGUAUCUAGAUCCUCUAUGAGGCUGUGGAGGGAUUCUAGUUGUGGAUUUAAAAGAAAACAUGAAUCAUCAGCGUACAAUGACACCUUUGUUUUUAAGCCCUGUAUUUCUAAUCCUCUGAUAUUAUUAUUGGAUCUGAUUUUAAUAGCUAACAUCUCGAUGGCCACAAUAAAUAGAUAUGGUAGUGGAUAGUGGACAACCUUGUUUCACUCCUCUUGACAGUUUAAAACUUUCUGAGAAAUAGCCAUUAUUUACUAUUUUACACCUAGGGUUACUAUACAUGAUUUUGACCCAUUUUAUAAGAGAUUCUCCAAAAUUGAAAUGCUCCAGGCAUUUAUAUAUAAACCCCAGUCGAACUUUAAUCAAAUGCCUUUUCGAAGUCUGCUAUGAAUAGCAGCCUGGUUUCCCAUAUUUUCCAUAGUGUUCUAUUGUUUCCAAUACUUGGCCUUAUAUUAUCUCCAAUGUAUCUUCCAUGUAAAAAACCUGUCUGAUUAGAAUGAAUAAUAUCCGACAAUACCUUUUUAAUUCUAUGCGCUAUACAUUUUGCUAGGAUUUUUGCAUCACAACACUGAAGUGUAAGGGGCCUCCAAUUUUGUAAAUGGACUGGAUCUUUAUAUUUUCCACUUGUAUCCUGUUUCAGUAAUAAUGAGAUCAGUCCUUCUUCUUGAGUGUCAGAUAAUCUACCAUUUACAUAGGAGUGGUUAAAACAUGCUAAUAACGGUCCUCUUAGUAUAUCAAAAAAGGUUUGGUAUACCUCGACUGGUAUGCCAUCCAACCCUGGAGUUUUCCCAGACUUAAAGUCUUUAAUUGCAUCCAGAAGUUCCUCCUCUGUAAUUUCACCUUCACAUGAGUCUUUCUGUGUGGCUGUUAAUUUGACAUUAUCAAUAGAAAAAAAAUCUCUACAAUUAGCUUCAGUUAGAGGAGAUGGAGGCGACUGAAAAGAAAACAUAUGCUUAAAGUACUUUGUUUCUUCCUUCAAAAUAUCAUUUGGUGAAUUAUGGGUGACUCCGUCAAUUGUAACCAGUUUCAUUAAGUUCUUUUUGGUAGCAUUCCUAUGUUGAAGAUUAAAAAAGAAUUUUGUGAAUUUUUCCCCAUAUUCCAUCCAGUUUGCUUUAUUUUUAUAAUAUAUUACACUUGAUCUUUCUUGAAUAAGUUUCUCCAUUUCUUUUUGUUUUUCCUCUAAUUUAUUCUGAGCCUCUAUGUUACAGUUUUUAUUGCCAUCUAUCUGUUCUGUUAGACUUUCUAUUUCCUUUCUUAGUAUGAACUCUUUUGACCUUAAUUGCUUUUGUUUUUCGAGAUGAGUACUGAAUUGCAUGGCCUCUAAAGGCACAUUUAAAGGUGUCCCAUACAAUAAGGGGAUUCGCUGUACCUAUGUUAUGUUGGAAAAAGUCAGUUAUAAAUUCCUUUGUUCUAAUUAUAAAUAAAUUAUCAUCCAAUAGGCUUUGAUUACAUUUCCAAUAUCCUCGCCCACGUGGAAAUUCAGUAAGAGUAAUGUAUAUGCCUAUUAUAUGAUGGUCCGACCGCAUUCUGUCCCGUAUCAACACUUUUUUUACUUUUGGUGCCAACGAGAAUGAGAUAAGAAAGAAGUCAAGAAGACUAGCUUGAUUCAGUCUCCGCCAUGUAUAUCUCACUAGAUCAGUAUAUUUAAGCCUCCAUAUAACUACUAGUUCUAAUGUAUCCAUGACAUUCACAAUGUCCUUAAGAGCAUGUGGGUGAUUGAUUGUGGUGUGAUUUCCUUUACGGUCCAUUGAGCUAUUUAAAACAGUAUUAUAAUCCCCCACCAUAAUAAUAUUGUCUUGAGUUGCUUGCAGGCUUGAUAAUUUAUUAUAUAUAUUGUCAAAGAAUUGUGGAUCAUCAUUAUUUGGUCCGUAAAGGUUAAUGAGCCAUAUCUGUUUAUGGUCCAAUAACAUAUUUAAAAUAAUCCAUCUACCUUGUGUAUCUAUUUGUACAAUUUGCACAUUCGGAUCGAAAUUACUAUUAAUUAAUGUCAUCACCCCUUUUGAAUUCUUUGCCCAUGGGAGAAGUAUAUUUCCCCCCCCCCAUUCUUUUUUCCACGCUACUUCAUCUCGAAUUGUUGAAUGCACUACAUUUAUUACCAAUAUUUAGUUGUCUGCACUUUCAUUCUUUACAUUUUUCCAUCAUCCUGUCAGUAAGAUUUUGACCCAGAACUUCAGUAUAGUUUCAUAGGAAGCAUAUUGGUGUGCCAGGAGCACAUCCUGUCAGUAAGAUUUUGACCCAGAACUUCAGUAUAGUUUCAUAGGAAGCAUAUUAGUGUGCCAGGAGCACAUCCUGUCAGUAAGAUUUUGACCCAGAACUUCAGUGUAGUUUCAUAGGAAGCAUAUUGAUGUGCCAGGAGCACAACAACAGCCCAUUCUUUUUCUGGAGUGACAGUUUUGAGGAAGUGGAGUAGGCUUGCUUAUCUGUGUUUGUAUAAUAUACAAACACAGAUACUGCACAUAUGGGUGUGAGAGGGUGUAGGACUGUCCUUCCUUAUCUGCUCUGCCUUAUUGCUAACCAGUGUGGAAAUUCUGCUAGCUGUAGAUGAUCGUGGUGUGAUAAUUGUAGUUACUGGGUUUUAGAAGUUUCAGUACACUUUCGAGGCUACAUUGCAGACUGUCCAGUCAGGCAUCAGAUUGUUAUAUCACAUGAUGUGGUUAGCGCGUAUACAUCUCAAUGUAGUCAGCCUGGAACGCAGCCUCAGUGACCAGACCUCUCUCUAUUUCCAUAGAAAUACCCAGAAACCCCUUGUUCACACUUAAACCAUCUCACGCUGGUGUUAUGUUUUGUGGACAUCACAAAGCCAUACCUCAACCUAUACCAAAUUAACCCUAAUUGAAAAUAUCUGUCAUGAAUUAAUUUAGUGCUUAUUUAGGAAAUAAAGUGCACUCCACUUAUAGUGUAUCACAUUGGUCCAGGACAAUUUGAUACACUAUAACCGCAUUCACUAUAACUGUAUGACAUUGUGGUAAAAUAAUCACCUCUGUUUGUCUGUUUGUUUCAGUCUGCCGAGUUCUUUGACAUGCUGGGAAGGAUGCAGGUAAGACUCCUCCCUCUUCUCUCUUCUUCCUCUUCCUUCUCUCUUUCCUUCUCUUCUCUCUAAGCUGCUGGCAUGGACGUGGUGAUGAAAGCACGACACGUCCAUCACUUCCUGAGAUUUUAAUCACGGGUCCUCCCUAACGAGCAGAAGGGUCCCGUUAUUAAGCCAUGGGAGUUUGGAGGGGGAACGCAGGCCGCCCUUAAUUUGAGGAGCCGAGACGACCGGGUCCAAUCUCUGGUCCUGAUUGAGUAAUGGGCCGAACCGAACCAAGUUAAAAACUAAAAACCCAUUGAUUUCUCUGUCCUGUUCUGCUGCACUGUGUCUGUGGGGUUCUGGGAUCUUCUGUGGGAAUGGGGUUUUAGGCAGGGUGGGGGCAGGAAUAGGGUCGGUGGUGGUGGCAGCUUUGUCAUGCCCAUUUGGGGACAGUGGGGGAGCUUUUGACAGAGAGGGAGUGAGCGGAGGAGGACAGGAUAUCGACAGCACCUGAUGACAAGUGUGCGAGGACAGAGGCCACACUGGCCUGCUGCCACCUCUGAGUCAGUCCUUACCAGACCCCUCUCUGUCCCCACAGUCCCUUACAGAGCACAGCGCCACAUCGACCCGCACUACUAACUAGACUAGAGCAAUCGAUGGUGGAACAGUUGAAAAGCCUCUAUCUGGAAUGGUUGAUCACAGAGCCCGUCUCAGAGGGAUCGAAGAUGGAUGCAUUAAGACAGGCCCCUAGCGUUGAUCUAACCCAGCGGUGUUGACAAGUAGUCCCCCACUGAGCUACAUCUGUUUCCCCCCAUCCCCUCUACUGUCUGUCUGUCUGUCUGUCUGUCUGUCUGUCUGUCUGAGCUAGCCUGGUCCCUGAUCUGAUGGUGCUGUAUUGCCAACUCCUAUGGUCAUUGUCAAUGCAGCAUAAACAGAUUGGGGACCAGGUUAUGUCAGAGCCACUCUGCUGAACCAGAGACAAGCAUCACUGGAGGAUGAGGACCAUUCAAAAGCAUGCAGAGAGUGCAUAGAUAGAUAGCUAAACCAGUCUGUGCGUUGACCACUGAAAUCAAUAAUGGAAAGUAGGGAUACGGAUGCGGUUUAAGUCUGGAGAAUGACUUGACUUGUGUGUGAGGUCUUAAGGGUCUUCCCACGCCGGGAUAAGGAUAAUUGAGAUAUGAUUAAGUCUGGUAAAAGACUUGAGAGAAUCUGUGUGUGUGGUAAGGAUUCAGGCUUCAGAGCCUUCACACAUGCACAUAAGUCUUUCUCCACAGGUCUUUCCAGUAGAUUGGUAAUUGUGCAAUUCAGGAUGUGUCAACUGGAGUCAUGUAUGCUCUGCAUAUGCAAACACUUCUUAUAUCCAAGCAAAUAUUUUACCUGGGUUCCACCUAUGUGCUAUCUAGAACCUAAAAUGGUUAUUUGGUUGUCCCCAUAGGAGAACCCUUUGAAUAACCCUUCCAGGUAGAAUCCUUUUGGUUCCAGGUAUAACCCUUUUGGGUUCCAUUAAGAAUCCUUUCCACAGAAGGUUCUAAAUGGAACCCAAAAGGUUUCUACCAGGAACCAAAAAUGGUUCUCCUAUGGGGACGGUCGAAGAACCCUUUUGGAACCCUUUUUUCUAAGAGUGUACAAUAUGUACGUACAGUAACUGAUCUGGGAGUUGCGUAAGUCAGGAAUGAUCAUUUUUGUACCCUUGUGACCCUCCGUCCACAUGCGUGACCCUAACCAGGUCCCUAAAUCUGAGGCGACGAAGCCCCACUCGCAGAGAAGCAAGGUCUGAGAAACACACACACACACACACACACACUCACGUCAGUGUCUGUGGACCUCACCACUGGGCAUGCUUCUCUGUCAUGGUGCAUUGACCUUGCCUCUGUGUGCAUUCCUUUAUUAAUUGAUUAAUGUAUUCCUUUAUCAAUUUAUUAAUGUAUUCCUUUAUCAAUUUAUUAAUGUAUUCCUUUAUCAAUUUUUUCCAUCCCUUCUUUGUUUGAUUGUGGUGGUGGUCAUCCUCCGUGUUAACCCUGUCAUCCUGGAGUAGUUUCACCACUCUCUUGUAACACUCUCCUAAGGUCCCCUCAACCAGGAAAAACGUAGGCUAACUUAAAGUAACAAAGAGCUGUUCAUAAUGAAUGCUAUUCCCCUCAAUCUCCUGGGACUAUAUACAGUGUAAAAACAAAGAGUCAAUACUGAGACUAUCUCGUAUCUCUGAGAGUGUCGGAAGGUGGAGACUCCCCAUCAAUGUUUCCCUGUUUGAUGACUGUGCUGUUUCAUUGUGUUGCAUCACUCAUUGGACCAUCAAUUGCUUCUGUAGAAUAAAAUACUGUAUAUACAGUUGAAGACGGAAGUUUACAUACACCUUAGCCAAAUACAUUUAAACUCAGUUUUUCACAAUUCCUGACAUUUAAUCCUAGUAAAAAAUCCCUGUCUUAGGUCAGUUAGGAUCACCACUUUAUUUUAAGAAUGUGAAAUGUCAGAACAAUAGUAGAGAGAAUGAUUUAUUUCAGCUUUUAUUUAUUUCAUCACAUUCCCAGUGGGUCAGAAGUUUACAUACACUCAAUUAGUAUUUGGUAGCAUUGCCUUUAAAUUGUUUAACUUGGGUCAAACGUUUCGGGUAGCCUUCCACAAGCUUCCCACAAUAAAUUGGGUGAAUUUUGGCCCAUUCCUCCUGACAGAGCUGGUGUAACUGAGUCAGGUUUGUAGGCCUCCUUGCUCGCACACGCUUUUUCAGUUCUGCCCACACAUUUUCUAUAGGAUUGAGGUCAGGGCUUUGUGAUGGCCACUCCAAUACCUUGACUUUGUUGUCCUUAAGCCAUUUUGCCACAACUUUGGAAGUAUGCUUGGGGUCAUUGUCCAUUUGGAAGACCCAUUUGCGACCAAGCUUUAACUUCCUGACUGAUGUCUUGAGAUGUUGCUUCAGUAUGUCCACAUAAUUUUCCUUCCUCAUGAUGCCAUCUAUUUUGUGAAGUGCACCAGUCCCUCCUGCAGCAAAGCACCCCCACAGCAUGAUGCUGCCACCCCCGUUCUUCACGGUUGGGAUGGUGUUCUUCGGCUUGCAAGCAUUCCCCUUUUUCCUCCAAACAUAACGAUGGUCAUUAUGGCCAAACUGUUCUAUUUUUGUUUCAUCAGACCAGAGGAAAUUUCUCCAAAAAGUAAGAUCUUUGUCCCCAUGUGCAGUUGCAAACUGUAGUCUGGCUUUUUUAUGGCGGUUUUGGAGCAGUGGCUUCUUCCUUGCGGAGCGGUCUUUCAGGUUAUGUCGAUAUAGGACUAAUUUUACUGUGGAUAUAGAUACUUUUGUACCUGUUUCCUCCAGCAUCUUCACAAGGUCCUUUGCUGUUGUUCUGGGAUUGAUUUGCACUUUUCGCACCAAAGUACGUUCAUCUCUAGGAGACAGAACGGGUCUCCUUCCUGAGAGGUAUGACGGCUGCGUGGUCCCAUGGUGUUUAUACUUGUGUACUAUUGUUUGUACCUUCAGGCGUUUGGAAAUUGCUCCCAAGGAUGAACCAGACUUGUGGAGGUCUACAAUUUAUUUUCUGAUGUCUUGGCUGAUUUCUUUUGAUUUUCCCAUGAUGUCAAGCAAAGAGGCACUGAGUUUGAAGGUAGGCCUUGAAAUACAUCCACAGGUACACCUCCAAUUGACUCAAAUGAUGUUAAUUAGCCUAUCAGAAGCUUCUAAAGGCAUGACAUCAUUUUCUGGAAUUUUCCAAGCUGUUUAAAGGCACAGUCAACUUAGUGUAUGUAAACUUCUGACCCACUUGAAUUGUGAUACAGUGAAUUAUAAGUGAAAUAAUCUGUCUGUAAACAAUUGUUGGAAAAAUUACUUGUGUCAUGCACAAAGUAGAUGUCCUAACCGACUUGCCAAAACUGUAGUUUGUUAACAAGAAAUUUGUGGAGUGGUUGAAAAACUAGUUUUAAUGACUCCAACCUAAGUGUAUGUAAACUUCCGACUUCAACUGUAUGUUCACCCUGUGUUUCUGUGUUCAAGCUUACUAUGGCGACUGACUGCCCCAGUUGUAAUGUAGUUCAAGGCCCUGUUUGAAUAUUUUACAAACACACCAUGCCUUUCUCCGUUUCUUGAAGCAAUCACUGAUCUUACACAAAUUGAUAGGUGUAAGCAAUGGUUCUAUCACAUAGCUUUCACCAACCCAGCCUUUUCAGAUCAGGGAUUUCUUUAAAGAAGGAAGGAAAGAGGCAUUAUUCAAUGUAUUUGAACAGGGCUCUAGUUAUUCCAGCGUAAUAGGUUGAUGAUCUGUGUGUGUCUCUCCUCUCUCUGUCUAGCAGGAUGACUACAUUCCAUACCCGCGGAUAGAGGAUGUGAGUCAGCCCUCUGAUACGAUCAUAUCAGCUGGAUCAAAGCACUAUGCACACACAAGCGUGAAUAACACAAACCCACAUAUGCAUGCAUACAUACACACACACACAUGCAGGAAUGCAAAUACUGGUGGUCAAUGUAAAGGCUCAAAUAACAUUUACAGGCACAUUUAUGAUCAAUAUCCCAAGCUCUUAUUUAUUUCUAUGGCCCUGUUCUUGUGGAUGGUGAUGUCUUGGUACAUAAACCCCUUGUACCUUGGUUGUGUGGUUCAGAUUCUGGAGAAGGGUAGCCCAUACCCGCAGGUGAUCCUGCCCCAGUUUGGGGGUUACUGGAUUGAGGAUGCCGAGGCGCCUGCAGGCACCCCCACCUCCUCGGAGAGCAGCUUCUGUGAGGAGGAUGACGGAGGGGACAUAAGCCCUGGGGGAGGCUUCGGCUUCCGGCUGGAGUGUAACAGCACGGCCAGGGCCUACCGCAAACACUUCCUGAGCAGGGUGAGUCAAGGCCUAUUUGGCUAGUAGUAAUAAUGUGGGUGUGUGAGUGGGGGGGAAGGGGGGUCUGCGCCUGCAUGUGUGUGUCUGUGUGUGUUUACGUGUGUACGUGUGUGUGUGUUCUCUGUAAGGGUGUGUUUCCCUCCAGUCUUUCUCCAUUCGGUGAUUUUUCCUACUUCAGACUCAAUUCUGCUCUGGGGUUAUGACAAAGAAUUAGGAAUCAGUCUUUUGGAAAAAUUAACGUAUAAUUUACACCAAUAAUAUGGAGAUCUGUGAAAUAUUGACUGUUAAACCUUAUUAGACGCUGUGUAACUUCUUUAAACUGUCUCAUCAUACUGUGUAGUGAUUUGCUGUCCUCCCUCCCUCCAUCACUUUCUCCCCUCUUUCUUUCUAUCGCUCUGACUCUCUCUCUCUCUCUCUCGCUCUCUCUCUCUCUCUCUCUCUCUCUCUCUCUCUCUCUCUCUCUCUCUCUCUCUCUCUCUCUUCUUCAGGAGCAUAUGAACUACUACUGCACAGGCAGCAGUCUGGGGAACCUCAUUAUGUCACUGAAGCACGAGGAGGCAGAGGGCCAGGAGUUCCUCCGCAUCAUGCUCAGGUAACUACACUAGGGCCAGGAGUUCCUCUGCAUCAUGCUCAGGUAGCUACAGUAGGGCCAGGAGUUCCUCCAUCAUGCUCAAGUAGCUACAGUAGGGCCAGGAGUUCCUCCAUCAAGCUCCGGUAGUUAAACUAGGGCCAGGAGUUCCUCCAUCAUGCUCAGGUAGCUACAGUCAUAUAAUUACAUACAAUAGGGCCAGGAGUUCCAGUAGGGAUGUAGGAUCUGAACUAGCUAUGAUCUGCCCUGGCCUGGACCCAUUAAUGCAUCCACAGCAGACAGUGUCCAGUGGGCCUAUGUUGGUUCUGGAGCCUGGCUUGGACCCAUUGUUAUAGUCACACUACCCCUACCUUGUGAAUGUGGAUUUACACACUUAUCAUGUAACCGGUAGCCAGAACUUUCACUGUAGGUAUAGGGAGUAUGUAUGUGCGAUGUGCUGCCUACCUUCUUUAAGAUGUGGUUAUUGACAAUGGUUUUGUGCAAUCAUCACCCAGGUCGAGGACAAAGACACACCAUGACAGGAUCUCUCUGGCAGGCCUCAACCAGCUUCCCAGUGUACCCCAGAUAGCCAAGGUAAGGAGGGCUGACUUAAUAAUAUAAUAUAUAAUAUGCCAUUUAGCAGACGCUUUUAUCCAAAGCGACUUACGCACCACCAAGUACCACAUGUUCACUCAAUACAACAUGUACUCAGUGUAAAGUGGUGAUCUGGAUUUCAAAAAUCAACAAUGCUGACAGCCCACCACUGUUUUGGUAAACAGCUGAGGGUGGGGUUGAAGAAAUUUCGCCACUUUCAAAUUCAUAGACUGACCAUGAGAUCAAAAUUAUAGUUUUAACCAUGAGUUGAAACUAUAGCGUUUGUUUACAUUUACAUUGUUUACAAACAAUGAAGUAAAACAAGCUUUUGGGUUCUGAUGCGGUAAGACAGUUGAAAUAAGCUCAUGAUUCAUUUAUACACUGAUAUAUUAUAAUUAAUUUAACAGUCCAUAAAGGGAUGUACCAAUACCAGAUUGCCCCUUCAACGUAAAAUCGAUUUGUUUCCAUCACUGUGAUUUCAAAUGGAUCCGUAUCUGUCUGUCUGUGUUUCAGCUUCUCUGCGACGACGUGACUGGCCUGAAGUUCAACCCGGUCCUGUACCCCAGAGUGAGUCUGCUCCACAGUUUCCUUUCAGCCAGGCGCUUCCACCUCUACUACAGUAGCCAUAGAACCAGGGUCGUUCAUUAGGUCAUGCCAUAGAAAUAUAAAUAGUUUUUUAGCAAUUCUAUUUCUAUGGGGCAUGCAUAAUUUUUUCAAAACGUUUUGCAAUGAACACAAGUGUUUCUUAUUGGACAUUUCCAGGUAGUCUCUCCCUUUUUCAGUCCCUUUUCUUUCGUUUGCUGCAACUUCCACCUGGUCCACUACACAGCCUGUACCACCAUGUUCUGUCUUACUGAUGUGGUGUAGGCAGUGCUAAUGUAACAAUGUACGCUGGGAGUCGGGAAGCAAGUACAGGGAGUGCAUUUAAUGAUAAAUAAAACAUGGAACAAAACAAGAGUAGCGCCCAGACAGGAACAGAGUAACAGAAUCAAUAACGCCUAUGGAAGGAACCAAAGGGAGUGACAUACAGUGGGGAAAAAAAGUAUUUAGUCAGCUACCAAUUGUGCAAGUUCUCCCACUUAAAAAGAUGAGAGAGGCCUGUAAUUUUCAUCAUAGGUACACGUCAACUAUGACAGACAAAAUGAGGGGAAAAAAUCCAGAAAAUCACAUUGUAGGAUUUUUAAUGAAUUUAUUUGCAAAUUAUGGUGGAAAAUAAGUAUUUGGUCAAUAACAAAAGUUUCUCAAUACUUUGUUAUAUACCAUUUGUUGGCAGUGACACAGGUCAAACGUUUUCUGUAAGUCUUCACAAGGUUUUCACACACUGUUGCUGGUAUUUUGGCCCAUUCCUCCAUGCAGAUCUCCUCUAGAGCAGUGAUGUUUUGGGGCUGUCGCUGGGCAACACGGACUUUCAACUCCCUCCAAAGAUUUUCUAUAGGGUUGAGAUCUGGAGACUGGCUAGGCCACUCCAGGACCUUGAAAUGCUUCUUAUGAAGCCACUCCUUCGUUGCCCGGGCGGUGUGUUUGGGAUCAUUGUCAUGCUGAAAGACCCAGCCACGUUUCAUCUUCAAUGCCCUUGCUGAUGGAAGGAGGUUUUCACUCAAAAUCUCACGAUACAUGGCCCCAUUCAUUCUUUCCUUUACACGGAUCAGUCGUCCUGGACCCUUUGCAGAAAAACAGCCCCAAAGCAUGAUGUUUCCACCCCCAUGCUUCACAGUAGGUAUGGUGUUCUUUGGAUGCAACUCAGCAUUCUUUGUCCUCCAAACACGACGAGUUGAGUUUUUACCAAAAAGUUAUAUUUUGGUUUCAUCUGACCAUAUGACAUUCUCCCAAUCCUCUUCUGGAUCAUCCAAAUGCACUCUAGCAAACUUCAGACGGGCCUGGACAUGUACUGGCUUAAGCAGGGGGACACGUCUGGCACUGCAGGAUUUGAGUCCCUGGCGGCGUAGUGUGUUACUGAUGGUAGGCUUUGUUACUUUGGUCCCAGCUCUCUGCAGGUCAUUCACUAGGUCCCCCUGUGUGGUUCUGGGAUUUUUGCUCACCGUUCUUGUGAUCAUUUUGACCCCACAGGGUGAGAUCUUGCGUGGAGCCCCAGAUCGAGGGAGAUUAUCAGUGGUCUUGUAUGUCUUCCAUUUCCUAAUAAUUGCUCCCACAGUUGAUUUCUUCAAACCAAGCUGCUUACCUAUUGCAGAUUCAGUCUUCCCAGCCUGGUGCAGGUCUACAAUUUUGUUUCUGGUGUCCUUUGACAGCUCUUUGGUCUUGGCCAUAGUGGAGUUUGGAGUGUGACUGUUUGAGGUUGUGGACAGGUGUCUUUUAUACUGAUAACAAGUUCAAACAGGUGCCAUUAAUACAGGUAACGAGUGGAGGACAGAGGAGCCUCUUAAAUAAGAAGUUACAGGUCUGUGAGAGCCAGAAAUCUUGUUUGUUUGUAGGUGACCAAAUACUUAUUUUCCACCAUAAUUUGCAAAUAAAUUCAUAAAAAAUCCUACAAUGUGAUUUUCUGGAUUUUUUUCCCUCAAUUUGUCUGUCAUAGUUGACGUGUACCUAUGAUGAAAAUUACAGGCCUCUCUCAUCUUUUUAAGUGGGAGAACUUGCACAAUUGGUGGCUGACUAAAUACUUUUUUUCCCCACUGUAUAUGUGACAGCUAGUUCUGUUCAUCACAUCAGAGGUCAUAAGGAUGAUGGAGCUGCUUGUUGUGCCUCUGCUCCGGGUCCUGUAGAACUGAUCUGUUAUUAUGACAGUCGGCUCAGACUGCUCCCCCCCCCCCCCCCCCCCCCCCCCCCCCCUCUCCCAUCCCCCACUGGUCACAGCUGACUGCCUUUCAAAAUGGCCACAAUCAACCCACAGUGGUCCUGGGUCGUAUUCAUUAGGGCAUGCAACGGAAAACAUUUUGCAGCUGAAAACAGAAAUGAGCAUUUCUUAUUGGACAAGUCCAAGUAGUCCCUUCCUGUUUUAGUCAGUUUCUUUCCAUUUGGUGCCUAUUGAAUACAACCCUGACCUCCACAGACGUGAUAGACAUACACUACAUUACCAAAAGUAUGUGGACACCUGCUCGUCAUGGGCAUUAUUUUGGAGUGGCCCCCCCUUUGCUGCUAUAACAAUCUCCUCUCUUCUGGGAAGGCUUUCCCCAAGAUGUUGGAACAUUGCUGCGGGGACUUGCUUCCAUUCAGCCACAAGAGCAUUAGUGAGGUCGGGCACUGAUGUUGGGCGAUUAGGCCUGGCUCGCAGUCGGCGUUCCAAUUCAUACCAAAGGUGUUCGAUGGGGUUGAGGUCAGGGCUUUGUGCAGGCCAGUCAAGUUCUUCCACACCGAUUUCGACAAACCAUUUCUGUAUGGAUCUCGCUUUGUGCACAGGUGCAUUGUCAUACUGAAACAGGAAAGGGCCUUCCCCAGACCAUUAUUCCUCCUCCACCAAACUUUGCAGUUGGCACUAUGCAUUCGGGCAGGUAGCAUUCUCCUGGCAUCCGCCAAACUCAGAUUCGAACUUCCAAAUGGUGAAGCGUGAUUCAUCACUUCAGAGAAUGCAUUUCCACUGCUCCAGAGUCCAAUGGCGUCGAGCUUUACACCAGUAUAGCAGACGCUUGGCAUUGCUCAUGGGGAUCUUAGGCUUGUGUGUGGCUGCUCAUCCAUGGAAGCCCAUUUCAUGAAGCUCCUGAAGAACAGUUAUUGUGCUGACGUUGCUUCCAGGGGCAGUUUGGAACUCGGUAGUAAGUGUUGCAACUGAGGACAGACGAUUUUUACACGCUACACGCUUCAGCACUCGGCGGUCCCGUUCUGUGAGCUUGUGUGGUCUACCACUUCGCAGCUGAGCCGUUGUUGCUCCUAGACGUUUCCACUUCACAAUAACAGCAUUUACAAUUGACCGGGGCAGCUCUAGCAGGGCAGAAAUUUGACGAGCAGACUUGUUGGAAAGGUAGCAUCCUAAGACGGUGCCACUUUGAAAGUCACUGAGCGCUUCAGUAAGGCCAUUCUACUGCCAAUGUUUGUCUAUAGAGAUUGCAUGGCUGUGUGCUCGAUUUUAUGCACCUGUCAGCAACAGGUGUGGCUGAAAUAGUUGAAUCCACUAAUUUGAAGGGGUGUCCACAUACAUUUGUAUAUAUAGUGUAAAUGUCUGCCCGAGUUAUGGAGUGACUUUAUCACAUAACUGGAUUUUAUAUGUAUGCACACAUCCUUAUCAUUUUUUUGUUUUGGUUUCAGGGCUCUCAGCUGAUAAUAGGUUAUGACGAACAUGAAGUGAACAACACCUUUAAGUUUGGUGUCAUCUACCAGAAGUUUGGUCAGGUGAGUGUGAUAUGCAGGUUUUUAUUGCCAAAUGGUGUUUCCGUUUAUUCCUUAUCAAUCCCAUGCCAUUUAUUUUUGCCCUGUAACUUGCAUUGUGUAUGGAACCCCAUACAUUAACAUCUCCAUUUUAAUCUUCUCCCUUCAUCUCUGUCUCCUCUCCUCUAAUCGCUCCAUCCCAGACGACAGAGGAGGAGUUGUUUGGGAACAACGAGGAGACGCCAGCCUUCCGAGAGUUCCUCAGUGUUCUGGGAGACAACAUAGAGCUGAAUGACUUUAAGGGGUGAGAGACAUAGAUACAACUCUACUACGACUCUACUAGAGAGAGAGAGAGAGAGAGAGAAGAGAGAUAGAGAGAGAGAGAGAGAGAAUGAGAGAGAGAGAGAGAUUCGAGAUAGACCGAGAUAGAGAGAGACUAGAGAGCAGAGCUGAAGAGUAGCAGGAGAUGAGAGAGAGAGAGAAAAGAGAGAGAGAGAAGAGAGAGAGACCAGAGAGACAGAGACAUGAGACAGCAGGAGAGGAGAGAGAGAGAGGAGAGAGAGAUAGAGAGAGAGAGAGCGAGAGAGAGAGAGCCCCAUAUGGCACCCCUAGGCAUCAACUACGGACAACAUAACCACCAAAAAACGGGUCAACGACUCCUGCAGUCUCUGUCGCACCACUGGGUAUGACAUAGUCCAAUGGUAGGCGUUCGAGGGGGACUCCUAUGGAGGUUCCUUUCAACCUACUAGUCUCAAUCUCUUGGCAGUAGUACUGUAGACUAACUUUAUCACUGACCUCAACCCAGAGUCUCUCAGAGCGUUUCACAGUCAGCCCACUGACACCCAUAUCAGACCACAGCAAAAUCACAGUCUACUUGAACAGAGCAAUACUCAAUCAUGAGGCAUCAAAGCCAAAGGAACUGAAUAAUAUUAAGAAAUGCUAUAGAUGGAAGGAAAGUAGUGUUGAAACCUACCAAAAAACAAUUAGGAAACAACAAAUUCAAUCCAUUCUAGACAACUUCCUGGACAAAAUGUUCCACUGUAAUAGUGAAGGUGUAAACUUGGCAGUAGAAAACCUAAACAGUAUAUUUGACCUCUCAGCUUCCCUAUCAAAUCUAAAAAUCUCUAACAGAAAACCAAAGAAAAGUAAUAACAGUGAUAAAUGGUUUGCUGAAGAAUGCAAAAACCUAAGAAAGAAAUUGAGAAACCUAUCCAACCAAAAACAUAGAGACCCAGAAAACCUGAGCCUACGCCUUCACUAUGGUGAAUCACUAAAACAAUACAGAAAUACACUACGGAAAAAGAAGGAACAGCAUGUCAGAAAUCAGCUCAAUGUAAUUGGAGAAUCCAUAGACUCUAACCACUUCUGGGAAAAUUGGAAAACACUAAACAAACAACAACACGAAGAGCUAUCUAUCCAAAACAGAGAUGUAUGGGUAAACCACUUCUCCAAUCUUUUUGGCCCUAUAACAGAGAACAAACAGCAAAAAAAUAUACAUGAUCAAAUGCAAAUCUUAGAAUCAACUAUUAAAGACUACCAGAACCCACUGGAUUCUCCAAUUGCAUUGAAUGAACUACAGGACAAAAUACAAACCCUCCAACCCAAAAAGUCCUGUGGUGUUGAUGGUAUCCUCAAUGAAAUGAUAAAAUAUACAGACCACAAAUUUCAAUUAGCUAUACUUAAACUCUUUAACAUCAUACUUAGCUCUGGCAUCUUCCCCAAUAUUUGGAACCAAGGACUGAUCACCCCAAUCCACAAAAGUGGAGACAAAUUUGACCCCAAUAACUACCGUGGGAUAUGCGUCAACAGCAACCUUGGGAAAAUCCUCUGCAUUAUCAUUAACAGCAGACUAGUUCAUUUCCUCAGUGAAAACAAUGUACUGAGCAAAUGUCAAAUUGGCUUUUUACCAAAUUACCGUACGACAGACCACGUAUUCACCCUGCACACCCUAAUUGACAAACAAACAAACCAAAACAAAGGCAAAGUCUUCUCAUGCUUUGUUGAUUUCAAAAAAAGCUUUUGACUCAAUUUGGCAUGAGGGUCUGCUAUACAAAUUGAUGGAAAGUGGGGUUGGGGGAAAAACAUACGACAUUAUAAAAUCCAUGUACACAAACAACAAGUGUGCGGUUAAAAUUGGCCAAAAACACACACAUUUCUUUCCACAGGGCCGUGGGGUGAGACAGGGAUGCAGUUUAAGCCCCAACCUCUUCAACAUAUCUAUCAACGAAUUGGCGAGGGCACUAGAACAGUCUGCAGCACCCGGCCUCACCCUACUGGAAUCUGAAGUCAAAUGUCUUCUGUUUGUUGAUGAUCUGGUGCUUCUGUCACCAACCAAGGAGGGCCUACAGCAGCACCUAGAUCUUCUGCACAGAUUCUGUCAGACCUGGGCCCUGACAGUAAAUCUCAGUAAGACAAAAAUAAUGGUGUUCCAAAAAAGGUCCAGUUGCCAGGACCACAAAUACAAAUUCCAUCUAGACACCGUUGCCCUAGAGCACACAAAAAACUAUACAUACCUCGGCCUAAACAUCAGCGCCACAGGUAACUUCCACAAAGAUGUGAACGAUCUGAGAGACAAGGCAAGAAGGGCCUUCUAUGCCAUCAAAAGGAACAUAAAAUUUGACAUACCAAUUAGGAUCUGGCUAAAAAUACUUGAAUCAGUUAUAGAACCCAUUGCCCUUUAUGGUUCUGAGGUCUGGGGUCCGCUCACCAACCAAGAAUUCACAAAAUGGGACAAACACCAAAUUGAGACUCUGCAUGCAGAAUUCUGCAAAAACAUCCUCCGUGUACAACGUAAAACACCAAAUAAUGCAUGCAGACCAGAAUUAGGCCAAUACCCGCUAAUUAUCAAAAUCCAGAAAAGAGCCGUUAAAUUCUAUAACCACUUAAAAGGAAGCGAUUCCCAAACCUUCCAUAACAAAGCCAUCACCUACAGAGAGAUGAACUUGGAGAAGUGUCCCCUAAGUAAGCUUGUCCUGGGGCUCUGUUCACAAACACAAACAGACCCCACACAGCCCCAGGACAACAACAACAACAACACAACUAGACCCAACCAAAUCAUGAGAAAACAAAAAGAGAAUUACUUGACACAUUGGAAAGAACAAACAAAAAAACAGAGCAAACUAGAAUGCUAUUUGGCCCUAAACAGAGAGUACACAGUGGCAGAAUACCUGAACACUGUGACUGACCCAAACUUAAGGAAAGCUUUGACUAUGUACAGACUCAGUGAGCAUAGCCUUGCUAUUGAGAAAGGCCGCCGUAGGCAGACCUGGCUCUCAAGAGAAGACAGGUUAUGUGCACACUGCCCACAAAAUGAGGUGGAAACUGAGCUGCACUUCCUAACCUCCUGCCAAAUGUAUGACCAUAUUAGAGACACAUAUUUCCCUCAGAUUACAGCGAUCCACAAAGAAUUCGAAAACAAACCCAAUUUUGAUAAACUCCCUUAUCUACUGGGUGAAAAACCACAAUGUGCCAUCACAGCUGCAAGAUUUGUGACCUGUUGCCACAAGAAAAGGGCAACCAGUGAAGAACAAACACCAUUGUAAAUACAACCCAUAUUUAUGUUUAUUUAUUUUCCCAUUUGUACUUUAACUAUUUGCACAUUGUUACAACACUGUAUAUAUACAUAAUAUGACAUUUGAAAUGUCUUUAUUCUUUUGAAACUUCUGAGUGUAAUGUUUACUGUUAAUAUUUAUUGUUUAUUUCACUUUUGUUUACUAUCUACUUCACUUGCUUUGGGCAAUGUAACAACAAGCACACGUUUUUCCCAUGCCAAUAAAGCCCUUAAAUUUGAAAUUGGAAAUUAAAUUGAAGUGAAUUGAAUUGAAUUGGAGGAGAGAGAAGAGAGAGAGGAGAGAGAUGAGAGAGAGAGAAAGAGAGAGAAGAGAGAGAAGAGAGGAGAAGCGAUAGAGAGAGAGAGAGGAGAGAGAGAAGAGAGAGCAGAGAGAGAGUAUAGAGAGCGAUCGACCCCUAGAGAGAGAAGAGAGAUUUCUACUACCUGGAGGGGAGACACAUUUGACCCUAACAAUUACAGAGGGGUUUGUGUGAACAGUAAACGUGGGGAUGAUUUAUUACAAAACAUAUUUACACCCUACACACCCUGAUAGAUAAACAUGUCCACCAAAAUAAUUCCAAAAUGUACGCUUGCUUUUAUCGACUUCCAAAAAGCUUUUGAUUCUAUUUGGCAUACAGGACUGUUUUACAAAGUUAUUGAAAGUGGUGUAGGGGGUAAAACAUAUGACAUAAUUAAAUCAAUGUAUACUGGCAAUACGUGGAGCAUCAAAAUUGGCAAGAGAAGAACAUAAUUCUUUAACCAGGGGCAGGGCCUUCGCCAGGGUUGCAAUCUGAGCCCUGCACUCUUCAAUAUUUACAUCAACGAAUUGGCCACUAUUCUAGAAAAAUCCCCAGCCCCUGGAAUUCUUCGCAGAUGACCUAUGCCUGCUGUCACCCACAGCACAUGGCCUACAGCAGAGCCUGGACCUGCUAGAGCAGUACUGCCAGACCUGGGCCCUGGCAGUAAACCCCAAAAAUACUAAAAUAAUGAUUUUCCAGAGAAGAUCUCAGGGAAUUAGACCAAAGUUUACUGCACACACUACAAUUACUUAGUUUUAAAAAAUAAGUUCAACUGGACACCUUAAUGAUGCAGUGAAUGAACUGAGAGAGAAAGCACGGAGGGCAUUCUAUGCCAUUAAAAAACAAAUUCAAAUUGAAAUACCUUUAAGCUUUUAAGCUAAAACUAAUUGAAUGUGUCAUUGAACCAAUUGCACUUUAUGGCAGCGAGGUGUGGGGUCCACUUGCAAAACAAGAUUUCACCAAAUGGGACAAACACCCCAUUAAAACCCUGCAUGCAGAGUUCUGUAAGAUUCUCCUACAUGUCCAGAGGAAAACUACAAACAAUGCACGCAGGGCAGAAUUAGGCCAAUAUCCACUAAUAAUACAAACUCAAAAAAUAACAAUUAAGUUUUGGAAACAUCUAAAAUACAGUGACCCCCUCUCAUAUCAUUACCAAGCCCUGCAAUGCCCUAAAUCGACAGUACACCGUGGCUAACUAUUUGACCAUGGUUACUGAUCAAAACCUUAGAAAAACCUUGACAAAGUACAGGCUCAGUGAGCACAGCCUUGCUAUUGAGAAGGGUAGACACAGGAAAACCUGGCUCCCUGUAAAAGGCUGUGCAACCACUGCACCACAGCAGAACCUGAGACAGAGCUGCAUUUCCUGACAAAAUGUUGAAAAUAUAAAACAAUUAGAGAGUGUCAUUUCCCCAAAUUUGAAACAGUUUUUCAAGGUUUCAAAGAUCUCUCUGAUGAGAAUAGGCUACCCGUCCUGUUGGGGGAGGACACAGAGAGCUGUGGGUUGGCAGCGCACUACAUUGCUGCCUGCCAUAAGAUGAGGGACAGUGUCUGACAGACCAACCAACCUGCACAUGUCCUCUAUAUUGUUAUUGUUCAAUGGUUAUUUUGAUCCUUGGUUAUUGUUGUUACUGUUGUCCCGUUGACAAUAUUGAUGAUGAUUAUUUUAAUUAUGUUAAUAGUGUAAAUAUCCAAAGUAAGCUUUGGCAAUAUGUUCAUUGUUACGUCAUGCCAAUAAAUCAAAUUUAAUUUAAUUUAAUUGAGAGAGAGAGAGAGAGAGAGAGAGAGAGAGAGAGAGAGAGAGAGAGAGAGAGAGAGAGAGAGAGAGAGAGAGAGAGAGAGAGAGAGAGAACUACUCUACUACUGAGAGGGACAGAGAGAGUGAGGGGGGGUAGAGGGAGGGAGAGCGGGAGGGAGGGAGAGGUAGAGAGAUGGGGGAAUGGGAGAGAGAGAUAGUUCAUGCAGAGAGAGAGGGAGAAUGGAGGGAGGUAAGGAAGGAGGGAGAGAAAGAGAGAAAUGCAGGAGUUUGACACUAUAUAUACUGCUACCAUGCUACCAUUCAUCAUGAGUAGGGCCAGCAGUUUUCCCUGUCACGUGAUCAGGAAAUGCUCCUGGCCCUUCCCAAUAAUUUAAAGUCAUGGUAAUGAUAAUCAUAUUAUGUUGUCACUGUGCUCCUAGGUUCCGUGGUGGUCUGGAUGUAUCUCAUGGUCAGACAGGCUCUGAGUCCAUCUACACCGUCUUCAGACAGAGAGAGAUGAUGUUCCACGUCUCCACUAAACUACCCUUCACUGAGGGAGAUGUACAACAGGUACUGAACAAGCUACACCACACACAACAUAAUAACAGUGGUUACAGUAUGUGUUUUGUGUGUGUGUGUGUGUGUCACUCAUAAACACACUCUGUUUCCUCAUCCCUCUCACCCCACACCAUUCCUGUACAUUUUGUCUCCAAUAAUUGUGAUUAAUUAUACUGAAUAACAUACAGUCAAAACAGUCCUAAGGUGUUUACAAAACACUAUGCUCUUGUCCCUCAGCUCCAGAGGAAGAGGCACAUAGGAAAUGACAUCGUGGCGGCGGUCUUCCAGGAAGACGCCACGCCCUUUGUGCCUGACAUGAUCGCUUCCAACUUCCUCCAUGCGUAUGUGCUGGUGCAGGUGGAGAGCCCUGGUACUGAACACACUACAUACAAGGUCAGUACUAUAGCCUACUAUGAACCUAACAGGCUCACCAUGUGAUAUUUGCAAAGCCGUUUUUAUUUAUUUAUUACGGAGUGGGCCUUUAAGGCAUGGAUAUUAUGUAACCUUUGUGAAAUGGCUAGCUAGUUAGCGGUGCGCGCUAGUAGCGUUUCAAUCGGUGACGUCACUCGCUCUGAGACCUUGAAGUAGUUGUUUGCCUUGCUCUGCAAGGACCGCUGUUUUUGUGGAGCGAUAGGUAACGAUGCAUCGAGGGUCACCGUUGUCGAUGUGUGCAGAGGGUCCCUGGUUCUAGCCCAGGUUGGGGCGAGGAGAGGGACGGAAGAAAUACUGUUAGAAUGACAUAAGCCAGACUAUACACAGUAAAUGGUGACAUUAAUUGCUUUGUGUCGGCAGGUGUCUGUUACAGCAAGGGAGGAUGUACCUCCGUUUGGUCCACCUCUCCCCAAUCCAGCGGUCUUCAAGAAGGUAAGUAAGAGAGAGAGAAUUACAGAGAGAGAGAGAAAGAGAGAGAGAUGGAAGGAGAGGGAUAAGGAUACAUAGAGAGUGAGAGAUGGAGGGAGAGUUAAAGUUUCCCACAGUUAUUUACAGUGAUGAUGAAGUUUGAUGAUAAACCUGCCAUCAUACAGUUUAUUCAUUAAGUAUUCAUACUGCUUGCUUUAUUCCACAUGUUGUUGUGUUACAGCCUGAAUUAAAAAUGGAUACAAUUAUAUUUUUUCACACCCAUCUAUCUUCAAACAAUACCCCAUGACAAAGUGAAAACAUGUUUUAUUUUUUUUGCAAAUGUAUUGAAAAUGAAAUACAGAAAUAUCUCAUUUACAUAAGUAUUCACACCCCUGAGUCAAUACAUGUUAGAAUCACCUUUAGCAGCGAUUACAGCUGUGAGUCUUUCAGGGUAAGUCUCUAAAGGCUUUGCACACCUGGAUUGUACAAUAUUUGCACAUUAUUCUUCUUCAAGCUCUGUUAAGGUGGUUGUUGAUCAUUGCUAGACAGCCAUUUUCAAGUCUUGCCAUAGAUUUUCACACCGUUUUAAGUCAAAUCUGUAACUAGGCCACUCAGGAACAUUCAGUGUCGUCUUGGUAAGCAACUCCAGUGUAUAUUUUGCCUUGUGAUUUAGGUUAUUGUCCUGCUAAAAGGUCAAUUUGUUUCCCAGUGUCUGUUGGAAAGCAGAUUUUUUUUUGUUUUUACUCCCUAGUCCUUGCCGAUGACAAUCAUACACAUAACAUGAUGCAGCCACCACCAUGCUUGAAAAUAUGAAGAGUGGUACUCAGUGAUGUGUUGUGUUGGAUUUGCCCCAAACAUAACACUUUGUAUUCAGAACAAAAAGUGAAUUGCUUUGCCACAUUUGUUGCAGUUUUACUUUAGUGCCUUGUUGCAAACAGGAUGCAUGUUUUGGAAUAUUUCUAUUCUGUACAGGCUUCCUUAGUAUUGUGGAGUAACUACAAUGUUGUUAACAUCCUUUUCUCCUAUCACAGCCAUUAAACUCUGUAACUGUUUUAAAGUCACCAUUGGCCUCAUGGUGAAAUCAUUGAGCGGUUUCCUUCCUCUCCGGCAACUGAGUUGGGAAGGACACUUGUAUCUUUGUACUGACUAGGUAUAUUGAUACACCAUCAAAAGUGUAAUUAAUAACUUCACCAUCCUCAAACGGAUAUUCAAUGUCUGCUUUUUUUUUUACCCAUCUACCAAUAGGUGCCCUUCUUUGCGAGGAAUUCAAAAACCUCCCUGGUCUUUGUGGUUGAAUCUGUGUUUGAAAUUGACUGCUCGACUGAGGGACCUUACAGAUAAUUGUAUGUGUGGGGUACAGAGAUGAGGUAGUCAUUCAAAAAUCAUGUUAAACACUAUUAUUGCACACAGAGUGAGUCCAUGCAACUUACUAUGUGACUUGUUAAGCACAUUUUUACUCCUGAACUUAUUUAGACUUGCCAUAACAAAGGGGUUGAAUACUUAUUAACUCAAGACAUUUCAGCUUUUCAUUUUGAAAUUAAUUCUAAAAACAUAAUUCCAUUUUGACAUUAUGGGGUAUUUUGUGUGUAGGCCAGUGACACAAAAUCUCAAUUUAAUCCAUUUUUAAUUCAGGCUGUAACACAACAAAAUGUGGAAAGAGUCAAGGGGUGUGAAUACCUUCUGAAGGCACUGUAUCAGUCCUUUUCAUCCCAUCUACUCCAGACGACCAGAUGAUGAUGAGUAUGGUGCUGAUGAAAGUCACCUCUCCUCCUUCCCCCUCUCCUUCCCCCUCUCCUCUCUCCCCAGGGUCCUGAGUUUCGCGACUUCCUGCUGACAAAGCUGAUCAAUGCGGAGAAUGCCUGCUACAAGUCUGACAAGUUUGCCAAGCUAGAGGUGAGAGGGGCAGAUGACUCGAGACACCCUGGAUGUGUUGUUCAAUCUCUUUCAUCUAUCUCAGUCAACUCCACUACUGCUUCUUAAAUGAUACAUGGUGGUGUUGUUUUUUGUGUGUGUGUGUUUGCUUCUGUGCAUCUGUAUACGUCUGUGUGUGUCUCUAUGGAUCUGUGUGUGCAUGUGUCUGUGCGUGCGUGUGUCUAGGGGCGGACGCGAGCUGCGCUGCUGGAUAACCUUCACGAUGAGCUCCACAGACAGACCCAGGUUACUCUGGGGCUAAGCCAGGCUGGGGAGGAGGACAAGCUGGAGAAUGAGGGCCAUGGGGGACUGCUGGAGUCCUUCAAGGUGACUCUUUAACACCGUUUUUCACCUCAUCAUCUGAGGCCAUGUCUGAACCUGUCUGAACCUGUCCCACACAAUCUCUUUCACCUAUCUAGUUGUCUACUGAUGUUGUAUCUCUCUCUCUCUCUCUCUCUCUCUCUCUCUCUCUCUCUCUCUCUCUCUCUGCUCUCUCUCACUCUCCUCUCUCUCUCUCUCUGUGUCCUCUCUGUGUCCUCUCACUCUCUCUGUUGUCUCUCUCUCUCUCUUGUGUGUCUCUCUCUCUGUUCUCUGCUCUCGUGUCUCUUGUGUCUCUCUCUCUCUCUCUCUCCUCUCUCUCUCUCUUGUGUCUCUCUCUGCUCUCUCUCUCUCUCUCGCUCUCUCUCUCUCUCUCUAUGUCCUCUCCUCUCUCUCUUCUCUCUAUGUCUCUCUCUCUCUCCUCUCUCUCUCUCUCUCUCUCUCUCUCUCUCUCUCUCUCUCUCUCUUUCCCUCCCUCCAACCACGCUGCUGUUGAUUGAGAUUAUUGUACCACCUUACCCGUCUCUCUCCAUCUCUCUCUCCCUCUCUCCCUGUCUGACCUUAUGGUGUCUCAUUGUCUUUUCACAGGCAGUGUGGAGGUGUGUGUUGCAUGCCACUCAUUCAACCACUGGGGGUGCUGUGCUCAUCGCUCCAACAGCAGUCACUGUUUAUUACCUGUCGUCGCAGAUACUUUAUUAUACUGAUUGAGAAUCAGAACAAAGCAUAUCCCAUAUUGAAAGCAUCUCCAAACAUUGAAACACUCAAUAAACACGGUUCAUGUGGUUUUGUUUGUUGUGUUUUAUGCCCUCGAGACUAACGUUGAAACACACGGUCUGUGUCUCCCUUAGUCUAACCUACUAGUGAUGACAUGUUAUCAUAAGGCUUCUUAUGAUUUUCUUUACAAUUUAAGUGAACUAAAAUAGUAGCCUAGUACACAGUGCAUCAUUAUCAGUAAUAUUCAGUGUUGGGGAAGCUACUCUGAAAAUAUAGUGUACCAAGCUAACAAUUACUUCACAUUGGAAGAAGUUAAGCUACACUAAAGAUAAUGUUACGAAAGUUCUAGUUUACUUAACUAAAGUUACUUUAAAAAGUAGUUCAAUACAUCCAAACUACUUUGUGAUACAUUAUCAUAGCUAAAUCUGAAAUGUCAUAGACUACAAAUUGAUCACUCUGGAGUCAGAUGUUAACAGAAUGUGUAAUUUAGCCUAUUAAACACGUUUCAACUGAGAAUUAGGCAGGUCUGAUGCCGAAAAAGAAAGGAAAUUAUUUUCUACUUCACCCAUAUUUUCUUUUCUUUUUGCAAAAAAAAUAGUGUGUAUUUCCUCACGUAAAACACUACUGAAAACAUUACCUAGAUCAGAGUUUAGUUCAACUACCACCAAGCUACUGCAAAAUGUAGUUCACUAUUCCCCAACACUGGUAAUAUUACAGUCAUAUCUCUCAGUAUCCAUGCACUGCACUCCUUAUUUCUCUGUGUAGGAGAAGUGCACUCUCUGCUGACAGUAUAUCGUAAUAGCAGGUUUGAUCUUUCCCAUGAACAUAUCUAAUUUGAUCAAUAUCAGAGACAUUCAUUUUACCCAACCACAUUAUAAAUAGAAUACAAUAAAAUCAUCUAUAAAACACACCGAAUCUUGCGUAAUUUGGUCAUAUGCUCGAUGUUUACAUAGUCUGUCCACGAGAGUUUAAUACACACCACACUCAAAGAGCUUUGGAAAUUGAUGAGUACACAGUAAUGAGUAUAGUUGCAGGAUGCGGUAUGUAGCCCAGUGGCUUAGGAGUUGGACCGGUUCGAAUCCCGAGCCAGGCGCUGGAAAAAAUGGGGUGAAUUGAUCUGGCAACUGGAGGGCUGCUGGGUUCACAUCCUAAAGACGUUCCCCUACAGUUGGGCCCUUAAGCAAGACCCCUUUACCCCACAACAUGCUCUCCAUCCAGGGGCACUGUGCUUGUCUCAACUGUGUGCUGAGACAAUGACUGUCCUCUUUUCUCUCGCACUCCACACCGCUCCCUUUUAACCCACUCUCUCCUCUGUCCCUGUCCCCUAGCGUGCGAUGCGCGUCCGCAGUCACUCCAUGGAGACCAUGGUGGGGUCACACCGUCACCGGAGUCCAGGGGUGGGAGGGGGGUUCCCGGCCAGCUUGAGUGGAGGGGGGAUGCCACAGAGCACCGAGUGCACAAAGAGUACCUUCACGGUGAGCAGGGGGGAGAGGGUGGAGGGGGAGGAGCACUGAUGUAAUUUCAACUGUUUUAUAUGUGAAGGGUAGUGGUCCAUCAGAAUGUAGCCAAAAUAUGCCUUAAUUGAGCUCUAUCAGCCUCCUAAUGCUGUGUAUUGCCUGCUUGUUAAUGGUAUUGACUGUGUGUCUCUCUCUCCAGCCACCAGUGCUGUCAGCCAAGUCUCCCCUAAAGAGUCCAGUGAAGCGUCGAUCAGGCCUCUUCCCUCGCCUCCACUCCAGCACAGAGAGCCCCUCGGACAGACACACACGCAGGUCAGCAGGCUUUCCAUAGCCUGGUCCCAGAUCUGUUUGUGCUGUUUUGUUAAUGACCAUAGGAGUUGGCAAGACAUCACAAACAGAUCUGGGACCAGACUGUGCAUUCAGUUCAUAAUACUAAAGCUUGUGUUAUGUCAUUGUGCAUUUGUUCUAUCUGCUAACUUGGUCUGUAUGUUGUUGUAGUGACCAAAAGACCCCAGACAUCUGCCCGCUCGGCCAGGAAGGGAGAUCAGAGACGUCGUCCAACCCCAGCUCGCCAGAGAUCUGCCCCAACAAGGAGAGGUGAGAUGAACUACACACAAAAUACUGAACAUGAACACACAUGGUGUGCAUGACGUGUGAACUCCUGAGUGGCGCAGUGGUCUGAGGCACUGCAUCGCAGUGCUAACUGUGCCACUAGAGAUCCUGGUUCGAAUCCAGGCUCUGUCGCAGCCGGCCGCGACCGGGAGACUCAUGGGCGGCGCACAAUUGGCCCAGCGUCGUCCAGGGUAGGGGAGGGAAUGGCCGGCAGGGAUGUAGCUCAGUUGAUAGAGCAUGGCGUUUGCAACGCCAGGGUUGUGGGUUCGAUUCCCACGGGGGGCCAGUAUAAAAAGAUAUGUAUUCACUAACUGUAAGUUGCUCUGGAUAAGAGCGUCUGCUAAAAUGUAAAUGUAAAAAUGUGUGCAUAUGCUUUGUAAACCUCUCCUCCCCUCUUUUCUUCUCCUCUCCUCUAAUGCUGUUCCUCUCCCUCCUGUCACCAGGCCGUUCCUCAAGCUGAAGGACUGCAGCAGCAGACCCAACAUCUCCCGCUCAUCCUCCAGUACCAGCAGCUUCAGCAGCACCACCGGGGAGGGAGAGGCCCUGGAAGAGCUUGACACUGUGAGGGCCCGCAGCACUGGGGAGAUAGGGGGCUGGGGAGGGGGAGGCCCUGGAGGCAUUGUGCUGGUGGCAUAUGGAGGAUGGACAGAGGGUUGGGGGAUAGGGAGUAGGGAGGCAGUGGGACAGGUGGCUGUAGAACAGAGGGGUAGGGGAGUGGGGUGUGUUGAGGUGGGCUUGGGUGGGCCAAAGCAUUUGGAUCAGGACUGGCAGGGUGCUUCUGGCACAUAAUUGGGCAGACCAUAGGCCUGUGGUGCUCAGAAGUUGUGGGAUCCAAAAUGAUUAACUGUAUAAGGACCAUGUUUGUUUUAUCAUUAACUGCAUGAAGGCAUCAACAAAUUACACAUUUGGAAUGAUUUGAAAUGAUUUGGCAGUACUGAGAGAAUAAAUAGAGAUGAUGCAAUAUCAUGACAACUGGUGAUUAAGUCAAUUAUGGUUUCUGUCACUCUCUUUGGAUCAUAUUGUGUUGGAUGUCAAUCACGCACGCUUGGCAAAGGAUGAGAAUUAUUGUAUCAUACACACAUUACACAUUACACACAUCAGUGUUUACAUUAAAAAAAUUAAAUGUUGUUCAACAGUUUCACAGCUCAGUUUACCGUUUUGCUGUUGAACAGAACUCAGUUAACCUAAGGCUGGAAUGUGUGUGCCCCUCUGGAGCAGUUUGGGGGUUAAGUUCCUUGCUCAAGAGCACAACGGCAGCACAGUGCUGAAAACCGACCAUCUGUAAUAAUUCUAGCUGAAGCCUUGAGUUAGUAGCCGUAGUCUGUAGUGUGUGUGACAGUAGAAUGAUAAAAAUUGAUGACUACCCUAGCCCUGACCUGCUCCUCCUCCUCUUCCUCUUCUCCCUCCUCUUCAUCCUUGUGGUCCUCUGUAGCUCAGCUGGUAGAGCACGGCGCUUGUAACGCCAAGGUAGUGGGUUCGAUCCCCGGGACCACCCAUACACAAAAAAUGUAUGCAUGCAUGACUGUAAGUCGCUUUGGAUAAAAGCGUCUGCUAAAUGGCAUAUUAUUAUUAUCCUUCCCUCUUCCUCUUCCUCCUCCUCCUCUUCGUCUCCCAGGGAAUCCACCCGUCCAUAGCCUCCUCGUCCGUGUUCAGCCCCUACCCUUCCCUCAGCGUGGAGAGCCAAGGCUCGGCCACCCCCCUCAUCAUGUGUCGCAGUCCCACAGGUAAACACCCAACACUGAUACACUACACUUACAGUUGAAGUCGGAAGUUUACAUACACUUCGGUUGGAGUCAUUAAAACUCGUUUUUCAACCACUCCACAAAUUUCUUGUUAACAAACUAUAGUUUUGGCAAGUCGGUUAGGACAUCUACUUUGUGCAUGACACAAGUAAUUUUUCCAACAAUUGUUUACAGACAGAUUAUUUCACUUAUAAUUCACUGUAUCACAAUUCCAGUGGGUCAGAAGUUUACAUACACUAAGUUGACUGUGCCUUUAAACAGCUUGGAAAAUUCCAGAAAAUGAUGUCAUGGCUUUAGAAGCUUCGGCUCAUUGACAUCAUUUGAUUCAAUUGGAGGUGUACCUGUGGAUGUAUUUCAAGGCCUACCUUCAAACUCAGUGCCUCUUUGCUUGACAUCAUGGGAAAAUCUAAAGAAAUCAGCCAAGACCUCAGAAAAAAAAUUGUAGACCUCCACAAGUCUGGUUCAUCCUUGGGAACAAUUUCCAAACGCCUGAAGGUACCACGUUCAUCUGUACAAACAAUAGUACGCAAGUAUAAACACCAUGGGACCACGCAGCCGUCAUACCACUCAGGAAGGAGACAUUUUAUGUCUCCUAGAGAUGAACGUACUUUGGUGCGAAAAGUGCAAAUCAAUCCCAGAACAACAGCAAAGGACCUUGUGAAGAUGCUGGAGGAAACAGGUACAAAAGUAUCUAUAUCCACAGUAAAAUUAGUCAUAUAUCGACAUAACCUGAAAGACCGCUCCGCAAGGAAGAAGCCACUGCUCCAAAACCGCCAUAAAAAAGCCAGACUACGGUUUGCAACUGCACAUGGGGAUAAAGAUUGUACUUUUUUGAGAAAUGUCCUCUGGUCUGAUGAAACAAAAAUACAACUGUUCAAAUCAAAUGUAUUUGUCACAUACACGUGUUUAGCAGAUGUUAAAGCGAGUGUAGCGAAAUGCUUGUGCUUCUAGCUACGACAGUGCAGUAAUAUCUAACAAGUAAUAUCUAACAAUUUCACAACAAUUACCCAAUACACACAAAACUAGUAAGGAAUGGGAUUUAAGAAUAUAUACAUAUAUGGACAAGCAAUGACAGAGUGGCAUGGACUAAGAUACAGUAGAAUAUUAUAGAAUAGAAUGCAGUAUAUACAUAUGAGAUGAGUAGUGCAAGAUAUGUAAACAUUAUUAAAGUGACUAGUGUUCAAUUUCUUAAAGUGGCCAGUGAUUUCAAUAGGCAGCAGCAGCCUCUAAUAUGCUAGUGAUGGCUGUUUAACAGUCUGAUGGCCUUGAGAAAGAAGCUGUUUUUCAUUCUCUCGGUCCCAGCUUUGAUGCACCUGUACUGACCUCACCUUCUGGAUGAUAGCGGGGUGAACAGGCAGUGGCUGUCACGCCCUGGCUCUGGGGACUCUUAAAUGUUGAGCCAGGGUGUGUAGUGUCUAUGUUUUGUUUUCUAUGUGUUUCUUUCUAGAUCGUUUAUUUCUAUGUUGGCCAGGGUGGUUCCCAAUUAGAGACAGCUGUGGCUCGUUGUCUCUGAUUGGGAACCAUACUUAGGCAGCCUGUUUUGCACUUGUCAUUUGUGGUAUCUUACAUUUACAUUUUAGUCAUUUAGCAGACGCUCUUAUCCAGAGCGACUUACAGGAGCAAUUAGGGUUAAGUGCCUUGCUCAGGGGCACAUCGACAGAUUUUUCACCUAGUCGGCUCGGGGAUUAGAACCAGCGACCUAUCGGUUACUGGCACAACGCUCUUACCCACUAAGCUACCUGCCGCCCCAUCUUGUUCCGGAGAGGUUUGUGUUUUGUUAACGUUAGGACUUCACGUAUCGUUUUGUUGUUUUGUUGUAGUGUAUAAGUACUCAUUAAAAGAUGUAUGCAUAUCACGCUGCGCCUUGGUCCGGUUCUUAUGAUGAUCGUGACAGAAGAUCCCACCAAAUAUGGACCAAGCAGCGUGUCCAGGAGCAAACGCCGGAGGUAACGUUAGUGGAUGUCCUCCACGGUUGGGGGAAGAUCACCGAGGAGGAGGCAGUCCGCUACCGGAGGGCGAUGAGGGAGGAUGCCCAGGCAGGAGAGGAGAAGCGGCGCCAACCGGGCCGUCGUCGGACAGGCGAGAGGCAACCCCAAUAAUUUUUUUGGGGGGGGCACACGGCAUGGACGACGGGGCUGCUGGAGGCAGCUACAGGGCGAGUUUGUGGACUAGGAGAGGAGGCCACCAGGUUACGGGGGCCAUUGGUCAUGAGGGAGAAGGAGAGUGUGGAGGCACGGCGAGAGGAACUGAGUAGGCAGCAGAGGGAGCGGAGGUUUAUGAGGAAACCCAGUCCCGCUCCUCGCACCAAGCAAGUGGUGUGUGUUACCAGUCCGGUCCGGCCCGUUCCUGAUUCCCGCACAAGGCCAGUGGUGUGUGUUCCCAGUACGGUCAGGCCCGCUCCUGCUCCCCGCACUAAGUUAGUGGUGCGUGUUCCCAGUACGGCCCAACCCGUUCCUGCUCCCCGCACUAAGUUAGUGGUGCGUGUUCCCAGUACGGCCCAACCCGUUCCUGCUCCCCGCACUAAGUUAGUGGUGCGUGUUCCCAGUCCGGUCCGGCCUGUUCCUGCUCCCCGCACCAAGCCAGUGGUGCGCGUCGCCAGUCCGGUCCGGCCUGUUCCUGCUCCCCGCACCAAGCCAGUGGUGCGCGUCGUCAGUCCGGCACAGCCCGUGCCUGUCAGCUGCUCCACACCGGAGCCUGAGCAAUCCGCUCCACCGGUGUCCAGUCCAGCUCCGGCCAGCGGGGCCAGACCAGACCAGGGGCGCUACGGGGGGGUAGCGAGAGAGUGGUGGUCACGCCCGGAGCCGGAUCCGCCUCCGAGGUGGAAUGCCCACCCAGCCCCUACCCUCUUGAGUUUGUGUGGCGCGGUCACAGUCCGCGCCUUUGGGGGGUGGGUACUGUCACGCCCUGGCUCUGGGGACUCUUAAAUGUUGAGCCAGGGUGUGUAGUGUCUAUGUUUUGUUUUCUAUGUGUUUCUUUCUAGAUCGUUUAUUUCUAUGUUGGCCAGGGUGGUUCCCAAUUAGAGACAGCUGUGGCUCGUUGUCUCUGAUUGGGAACCAUACUUAGGCAGCCUGUUUUGCACUUGUCAUUUGUGGUAUCUUGUUCCGGAGAGGUUUGUGUUUUGUUAACCUUAGGACUCGUUUUGUUGUUUUGUUGUAGUGUAUAAGUACUCAUUAAAAGAUGUACGCAUAUCACGCUGCGCCUUGGUCCGGUUCUUAUGACGAUCAUGACAGUGGCUCGGGUGGUUGAUGUCCUUGAUGAUCUUUUUGGCCUUCCUGUGACAUCGGGUGUUGUAUGUGUCUUGGAGGGCGGGUAGUUUUCCCCCGGUAAUGCUUUCGGCAGACCGCAUUACCUCUGGAGAGCCCUGUGGUUGUGGGCGGUGCAGUUGCCGUACCAGGCGGUGAUACAGCCCGACAGGAUGCUCUCAAUUGUGCAUCUGUAAAGGUUUGUGAGGGUUUUAGGUGCUAGGCCAAGUUUCUUCAGCCUCCUGAAAAAGGGGGCUCUUGCAAGCCGAAGAACACCAUCCCAACUGUGAAGCACAGGGUGGCAGCAUCAUGCUGUGGGGGUGCUUUGCUGCAGGAGGGACUGGUGCACUUCACAAAAUAGAUGGCAUCAUGAGGAAGGAAAAUUAUGUGGAUAUAUUGAAGCAACAUCUCAAGACAUCAGUCAGGAAUUUAAAGCUUGGUCGCAAAUGGGUCUUCCAAAUGGACAAUGACCCCAAGCAUACUUCCAAAGUUGUGGCAAAAUGGCUUAAGGACAACAAAGUCAAGGUAUUGGAGUGGCCAUCACAAAGCCCUGACCUUAAUCCUAUAGAACAUUUGUGGGCAGAACUGAAAAAGCGUGUGCGAGCAAGGAGGCCUACAAACCUGACUCACUUACACCAGCUCUGUCAGGAGGAAUGGGCCAAAAUUCACCCAACUUAUUGUGGGGAAGCUUGUGGAAGGCUACCUGAAACGUUUGACCCAAGUGAAACAAUUUAAAGGCAAAUACUAAUUGAGUGUAUGUAAACUUCUGACCCACUGGGAAUGUGAUGAAAGAAAUAAAAGCUGAAAUAAAUAAUUCUCUCUACUAUUAUUCUGACAUUUCACAUUCUUAAAAUAAAGUGGUGAUCCUAACUGAACUAAGACAGGGAAUUUCUACUAGGAUUAAAUGUCAGGAAUUGUGAACAACUGAGUUUAAAUGUAUUAGGCUAAGGUGUAUGUAAACUUCCGACUUCAACUGUAGGUCUCUAUGCCCUCUGUAUCUCUUACACUGUAGAUUACAAUGGUGGGUUUGUUGACAUUCUUUACUCUAACUAUCAGGAAGCACACAUGUUACUUACUUUGUUGUUUCUCCUCGUCAAUGUGUGAUUGACACUCAAUCAUAUAGUAUGUAUUCCUCUGUUAACAGAGGCUUUCUCUUAUUCUCCUCCAGAUGUAAAGAGUAAGAUGUCUCCCAGGUCAAACUUGAAGUUCCGCUUUGACAAGAUGAGCCACUCCACAACUGUAAGUGAUGUCUCACUGUACUGUACCGUACCAUACUAUACUGUACUGUACUAUACUGUACUGUACUGUACUAUACUGAACUGAACUGUACUAUACUGCACUGUACUGUACUGUACUAUACUAUACUGUACUGUAUUAUACUAUACUGUACUGUACUAUACUGAACUGAACUGUACUAUACUGCACUGUACUAUACUAUACUGUACUGUAUUAUACUAUACUGAACUGAACUGUACUAUACUGCACUGUACUGUACUAUACUAUACUGUACUGUAUAAUACUAUACUGUACUGUACUAUACUAUAUACUAUACUAUACUUCACUAUACACUGUACUGUACUGUACUCUACUCAACUGUGCUGCAUGUGUGAUAAACACACUGCUCAGUGAAUACAGUCUUGAAAUGACCCACUGCUCUCCUCCAGAGUCAUUAGGAUAUGAUAGGUGGAUACAGCAUCAGGGACAGUAGCUUGGUCCUGUAUCACAGUCCCUUCACUGCUGGGUCUGCUCUGCAUCCCUCAUCUCUUAUCUGUAGGACACUAUCUAGCUAGAGAUCCUGCAAUAACCUAUCAGCUUGAUCUCUCAUUAGAAUAAACAUGAUGAUGAUGAUGGUGUUGUUGUAAUGGGACAUUUCUGUUAUUUUCUAUUGCAGUCCGAGUAGAAAUCUGGAUUUUCCAAAAAAGGGACAACACUGGCUGUUGGAGCAAAAAACAUCCACAACAUCAACAGCGCAUCACAAUGGAAUCACAAAAUGUACUUAACUUCAUGACUAAAGGGAAUUAAGUGGACUGCAAUAGAGGGUGCACAGGUAGACAGAUACUGAGCUGGAAAGGAGGGAGAAUCCUGUGAGUCUGAACUAAGAAGUGUUGAAAAAAAGGUUCCUCU